UUUUCCCUGUUCCCGCCAUGAUUUUCCCCGUUGGAGUCUGGUGCGCUCGAGGAAUGCUGUUUUUUUUUUUUUUUUUGCAGAUUUCUGGGUCGGAAAAUAGUCUUGUUAGGGGUUUUCUUUUCCUUUAAUUGUUUUCCUUGGCUUUUCCUAUCUUGGAAUUUUGAGGGAUUUUUGCUGUUUUCUUGAACAAUCCAUCGGAAUCAUGCACCCUCAAGGAAUGCUGGUUUUUUUUCGUAGAUUUUUCUUUGAAAAAGAUCGAUCUUUUUUUGGUAUUUUGUUCUUUUUGCUGGUUUUAAUCGGGUUUCCCUAUCCUGGAAUAGGUAAAAGAGGGAUUUUUCUUUAUGAGUAGUUUGCGAAUGCGGGAUUUCAUAUGGGUUUUGGGGGGAGAUAGGGUUCUACUUUUUGUUGGGGAUCUGUCGUAUGGGUUCUUGAAACGGAUGAGCGUAGGAAUGUGGGCUUGUGUUCAAGGGUGGUAAGAACACUGGAUUUCAUGUGGGUUUGUCGGAAAUAGACCUCUGAUUUUUACCCCUUUCGGUUUUGGAGUGGUAAAAUAGGGAUCUUGGUGAAGGGGAUCAUAUCUAAAUCUACCCUUAUCCCCUCUUUCCAGGGUUCUUCUUCACGCAAGAGGUAGCAAUGCGGUUGUAGUACUCUCGUUUUAGCUAUUUUUCUUGAUAUAGUUUUUGCUUUUGAAUGCUGGUUUGCCUACUGGUUUUGCAUAAAGAUACGGUUUUGUUCUCAAGAUUUUCUUUGGGAGAAAAAGAUUGUUGGGAAAAGGUUUGACAGAGAAACUGCACUGCUUUCGUUGUUUAACCUGGGAAUCUUAUCUGUUAUGCCUUUGAUGUUAUGUUGGUUCCGAUCUUUUUUCUCCAAGAUUUUGUUUUCAGGUCUCUUGAUUUGUUACAAGAAGUGAAAGGUAGAAUUUUUCCUCUGGUUUCUGCUGUUUUAUUUGAGAAUCUUCAUGAGGAUGAGGUGCAUGAAGCCUGUGCCUUGAAUCUUUGGAAUCUUGAAGUAAGAUGCCCUGCUUGUAUUUAUAUGCUGGUCAUUAACUAAAACUUGUAAGGAUGCUGUUUCCAUGUGCUUUUUGCCUUCUACACUUAUAUUAAUUUCCCAUGAGUACAUUUCCUUAGGCAUUCGUUUGGUUCGUGGGAAGAAUUUUUUCUCACUAGAAUAAUUUUUCUGGAAAGAUGAUUUCUAAGAAUAUGAUGUUUGGAAAAAUAGUUUUGGCAUGUUUGGUUGAUCAUGAAAGAGUGGUACAUUUCAGUGGCUUAUGUUUGGUUGAGCAUCUACUGAAAAAGUUGUAUGAAAUAUCUAUUAUAUCCUUAAUAAAGGGAAAAACUUUAUCCAUAGAUUUUGAUGGCUUAAGGAUACUUUGGGAAAAAAAAGGGCUCUAAUUUUUAACUGGUGGAAAAGUAGCUUUUCCAUGUCCUCUAUGAAUUUUUUAUGAAACAUGGGAAUUGUAUUCCCAUGAAAAUGCUACUUUUUCAUAUUUUUCCUUUGAAAACUCCAACCAAACAAGAGGCAUUUCUUUGUUUUUCCGUUGACCGCACUUUCUCCCCUUCUUUUCCCGCGAACGAAACUAGUUCUAGAUGUUUUCUCCCAUAUAUUCGUAGAAGGAAUGCCUAAUUGGAUCUGAUUCUUAAAUGCAUAAAUUUUAUUAGGUAAAUUUCUUCUUGUAAACUCCGUUAUUAUAUAUGUAUUAUCGCACUAUUUGUUUAAUUCUUGCCCUAAGAGGAAAAUAUGUAAUAAUGACUCUGCUCUGUUAACAUAUCCAGUUCACCGUAAAACAAGGGGAGAAUUUCUAAUGUCUCUACAAUGGCAUGAAAUUCAGGUUGAAACAUUAACUUAUAUGAUUCGGUAUGGUUCCAUUUGGGUAGCACAUUGCUGGAGGUGGACAUGAGUAUGUUGGUGGGGAUAUGCUCCAGCCAAGGGAAGCUGAUAUACCCGGUCUUUUUCUGUUCUUGGUUGUGCUCCCUCUGGUCUCUUACAUUUUACUUGGAAUAUGGAAGGAGACUUCGAAAAAGAAGGCCAGGAUAAGUGUGCUUGCACAGUUUGCCGCUGAGGAAGCUCUCAGAGUUGACGCAAUGGCAUCUGCUGAUGUUAUACCAGAUGGGCCUUCUCUGAAAACUGGCUUUCAUGAGUGUGCCAGAUGCUUUGCUCCUGCUACAACUCGCUGCUCCAGAUGUAAAUCAGUCAGAUACUGUUCUGGAAAGUGCCAAAUAAUACAUUGGAGGCUGGGGCACAAGCAGGAAUGUCAGCAAUGGCAAGAUACCAGCUCCAAUCUUUCUGGUGGCCUUUCUCCAGUUCCGCAGAAUUCUCUUUUAGAUGAUGUCAAAUCAUCAUUCCUUGGAAAUGAUAUUGAACUGCCCCUGCAUGGGGAUCUUCUUGGUAAUGUAUCGAGUGAUCCUUGUGUUAUGAAACUUGAUACACCUCAAGAUUCAGCUGCAGGGAGAAAGCUAUCAGAGAAGCAGGCUCUUAAUAGAUCAAAAAGUGUUGCCUUUAAAAAUGAUGAAAGUGCUGCAUGUGCAUAUGAUGAAGCCAUUAGCGCAGAUGGUCAAACUAUAUAUUCAAGCUCCUUGUUUACAGAAUUUUCAUCAAAGGAUCGUCCUUUGGAACAUAAGUUAGGAACUGCGAAUUUCACACCUGAUGAUGGAACUCACGAGAUUCGAGACACCAGCCGUUCAUCCACUGCCAAAAGUGCUUUGCACCAGUCUCAUAAAUUAGCAGAUGAAACUAGGAAUGGACUUAAGGCAAGCAGUUCUCCUGGAAUUUCAGUCCCAUCCCAUGUGGAUAAAAAUGUGAUUAAUGGAUGUGGUGUGGGUGCUAAUAUCACUUCAGAGAAAGCUGAGUUUUUUGAAGGUGGAUUUUGUUCUGCUAGUGAAACAGUUGACUCGAGCUAUUCAGCUGAAAAUUUUUCCCCUAAAGGAAGCAUAGUUUUCAAAAAACCUCCAUACACAUUGGGACGCACAGCUUCUUUGCCACAAAAAUCGGCUGAGAGAGCAUCGAGAGAGUACCCUUCUCAAGGAAAAGAAAGGCAUGCCCACAUGGACAAUGAAUCUAGAAACUCCCGAACAAGUGUUGCACAGGGCUGCAAUGGGGUCUCCAACAUGGAAGGGGCAAAGGUGGCAGGAUCAAAGAAACCUUCAAAAGUCCUCAAACGGAAUCUUAUGAGCUUGAUAAAUGACAAGAAAAAUAAGGUAUGCCAGCUGGUGUUUUCUUAUGAGGAUCUUGUCAGGCUUUUUCAGUGCGAAGUUUGGGGCAUAUCUCCAAGAGGGCUUCUUAAUUGUGGAAACAGUUGCUAUGCUAAUGCUGUCCUGCAAUGUCUUACCUGCACAAAACCUCUCAUGGUGUACUUGCUUCAGAGGUCGCAUUCAAGAACCUGCCGAGCCAAAGAUUGGUGCCUCAUGUGUGAACUUGAGCAGCAUGUUUCCAUGCUACGGGAAGGUGGAGGCCCUUUGUCUCCCGGUAGGAUCCUUUCAAACAUGAAGAACAUUGGAUGUCGUAUGGGUGGUGGUAACCAGGAAGACGCACAUGAAUUUCUAAGGCUUCUAGUUAUGUCUAUGCAAUCUACAUGCCUUGAGGGAUUUGGUGGUGAGAAGGAAGUGGAUCCAAAAUUGCAAGAGACAACACUAGUGCAACAGAUUUUUGGUGGUCGGCUGAAGUCGAAGGUUAAGUGCCUAAGGUGCCAUAUUGAGUCUGAAAGAUAUGAAAAUAUUAUGGAUCUUACGCUGGAAAUACAUGGUUGGGUUGAGACUUUGGAAGAUGCGCUCACACAAUUUACUGCUUCUGAGGAUUUAGAUGGAGAGAACAUGUACAGAUGUGGAAGGUGUUCGGCAUAUGUUAAAGCCAGAAAGCAGUUGAGCAUACAUGAGGUGCCAAACAUCUUAACGAUAGUUCUGAAAAGGUUCCAGACAGGAAAAUAUGGCAAAAUCAAUAAAUGCGUCACUUUUCCUGACAUGCUGGACAUGAUUCCAUUUGUGACUGGGACUGCUGAUAAUCCUCCCCUUUACAUGUUGUAUGCGGUUGUUGUACAUUUGGAUACCCUGAAUGCAUCAUUCUCUGGGCACUAUGUCUCUUAUGUCAAAGAUCUGCAAGGAACAUGGUUAAGGAUUGACGACUGUGAGGUGCAAGCUGUGCCACAGAGUCAAGUUAUGUCUGAAGGUGCAUACAUGCUAUUCUACUCGAGGUCUUUUCCACGUCCACCAAGAGCUUACAUUGAUAAAGCACCUUCACAAGCUGCAGCUUAUGCAAAGCAUAACGCAUCAAAAAUCCAAAAAUCUUCAAAACACGGGAAACAGAAACAAACUGAAGGCCCAUUUACCCCAGAAAAUUUAGCAUACAUGCAAAAUGAUUUCAGACCCCAAAAUAGGGAAGGCAUCAUCAAAGAUCCAACCACUGACUGCAUGGUACAGUCCUCAAGCAGAAAUAUGCUCCCAACAGGGGCCACAUAUGCAGAUUCAUCGAGCAUGGACUUCUCUGAUGCUACAUCUAGCGAUUGGUCUCUUUUUACCAGCUCGGAUGAAUCAUCCUUCACCACUGAGAGUACUAGAGAUUCGUUCAGCACUGUUGAUUAUGGAGACCAUGCUACCCUUGAUCCCAUUUCCUCUAUAUUCGGCCCCUUAUAUGUUCCAGAGUAUUCUCACAGCAAUGGCAUUUCAUGUAAAGAGUUCUCAGCUUGGAGGCCGCAGACAAGGUUCUUUUCAGAGAGCAUGGGAUUUGUUAUGGAUUCUUCGAUGCCGAGUCAAUCUCUUGGCAAUGUACAUAAAGAAAGGAUCUCUAACAGAUCCAUGCUUUUUCAACCGAGUCGUUUAUCUUUGGCAAGGAGCUAUGGUCUGUAUGGUCAAUACGGGAGAAAUCCCAAAGAUGAUUUUGUUCAAACUACAGGUUUUUGUGAUAUGUAGCGCUUAGAUUCUCAUGGUUCUAGUGGGGCCCUCUUGCUGUGGUUGAUCCCCAAGUUGAGCGUUGGCCAUGCCUCACAUUUUUUAAUUGAGUGAGGCGUGUUCUGAUCUUGAUGCAGUUGUCGAGGGGAAUGGUGAGAGAGAGAGAGAGAGAGAGAGAGAUUAUGUAUUUAAUGAAGUAAAUUGGUGGAGAUGCAUAGUUUCAUUUUAAGAAUUUAGAUAAUGAUCUAUCCAUUCUUACACCCUUCUCGGCC